GUUGGGCUAUGAGUAGUUGUACUUUUCUUUUUCAGGUUGGGAUGAGCAAGAGAUUGAGAACAAUGGAGAACCUAGUAGGGGAUUCCUGCAAAGGAAGAAGCAGAAGCAGAAGACAAGGAACGAAAGAAUAUCAGAUUCCAACGGCAAGAGAAGGAACACAUAUCCUGCUUCUCAGGAGGGUGACAACUCAGUCGAAGAAAUGACAGGGAAAGAAGGAAGUAAAUAUUUUUGUCCCCUGUGUGGGAAAAGCUUUAGGUGUCAAGCAAGCCUUAUUGUUCAUGGGCGAAUUCACCCAGAGGAGAAAUCCUUCAAAGCUGGUGAGUGGAGAAGGACACCCAGUUUAAGGAAGUCUCUGGUUUCCCAAAUGAGAGAGAAAACCUUUAACUACCUGGGGUGCGUCAAGAGCUUCAGGUGGAGGUCACAUCAAGGAACGCGCCCAGGAGAGAAAUCCUUUAAAUGCCUGGAAUGUGGAAAGAGCUUCACCGGGAAGAAACAACUCACUCGUCAUGUGGCCACGCACACAGGAGAGAAACCCUUUCAAUGCUUGGAGUGUGAGAAAAGUCUCGAUCAGAAAGCACACCUUACUUGUCAGCAAGUCACUCACAUAGAAGAGAAACCAUUUAAAUGUUUGGAAUGUGGGAACAUGUUUGGUCACAAAACAGAACUUCGUCGCCAUCUGGCCACUCACUCUGGGGAGAAACCAUUUCAGUGCUCGGAGUGUGGGAAGCGCUUCUCUCAAAAGGCACACCUCACUCGUCAUUGCAGAACGCACACAGGAGAGAAACACUUCCAGUGCCCGGAGGAUGGGAAAAGUUUCAUUCGCAAAUCCUGCCUCGCUUCUCAUCAAGCGACUCACUCCGGGGAGAAACCGUUUCAGUGCUCAGAGUGUGGGAAGGGUUUCUCUCAAAAGGCGCACCUCACGCGCCAUUACAGAACUCACACGGGAGAGAAACCCUUUCAGUGCUUGGAAUGUGGAAAGAGCUUCAGUGAAAAAUCGGUACUUCUGUCACAUCAGAGAAUUCACACAGGCGAGAAACCCUUUGGAUGCUCGGAGUGCGGGAAGAGGUUCAGGCAUAAAAUAAGCCUCACUCGUCACCUGGCAGCACAUAAAGGAGAUAAAUCAUUUCACUGCUUAGAGUGUGGGAUAAGGUUCACACAAGAAACAAGCCUCGCUUGCCAUCAAGCAACUCAUACAGGUGAGACACCAUUUCAAUAUUUGGAAAGUGGGGAAACACUCAUUGAGGAAGGAAGCCUCACUUCGUCACACUCAGGGGAGAAACCAUUUCGAUGUCUGGAUUGUGGGAAAAGCUUCAACCAGAAGUCAAUCCUCACGUCACACCAAAGAAUCCAUACCGGGGAGAAGCCAUUUAAAUGCUUGGUGUGUGGGAAAAGCUUCCGGCAGAGAUCCCUCCUCUUGUCACAUAAAAGAACUCAUACAGGGGAGAAACCAUUCAAAUGUGCGACUUGUGGGAAGUGUUUCAGUCAAGAAGUAAGCCUCAAUUGUCACCAAAGGACUCACACCGGGGAGAAACCAUUCCAGUACUUAGAGUGUGAGCAAAGUCUCGAUCAGAAGGCACAUCAAGUCACUCACGUAGAAGAGAAACCAUUUAAAUGUUUGGAAUGUGGGACCACGUUUGGUCACAAAGCCAAACUUCGUCGCCAUUUGGCCACUCACUCCGGGGAGAAACCGUUUCAGUGCUCGGAGUGUGAGAAGAGCUUCUCUCAAAAGGCACACCUCACUCGUCAUUGCAGAACUCACACAGGAGAGAAACCGUUUCAGUGCUUGGCGUGUGGGAAGAGCUUCAGGCACAAAUUAAGCCUCACCUCUCAUCAAGCGACUCACAGAGGCGAGAAACGAUUUCAGUGCUCGGAGUGUGGGAAGAGCUUCUCUCAAAAGGUGCACCUCGCAUGCCAUUACAGAACUCACACGGGAGAGACACCCUUUCGGUGCUUGGAGUGUGGGAAGACUUUCCGGCACAAAAUUAGCCUCAGGUGUCACCAGGCAACCCACACAGGAGAGAACCCCUUUAAAUGCCUGGAGUGUGGGAAGAGCUUCCCUUGGAAGCAAAGCCUCACUCGUCACCUGGCAGCACAUAAAGGAGAGAAACCAUUUCAGUGCUUGGAAUGUGGAGAAAAGUUUGCUCACAAAAUAACCUUCAGUCGUCAUUUAGCCACUCACACUGGAGAAAAGCCCUUUCGCAAUGUGGCGGGUGGGAAAUGUUUCGUGCGCAAAUCGAGCCUCACUAGUCAUCAUACAGGGAAGGAACCAUUUCAGUGCUUGGAGUGUGGAAACAGCUUCAGUGGAAAAUCAGCACUUCGAACACAUCAAAGAAUUCACACAGGGGAUAAACCCUUUGGAUGCUCUGAGUGUGGGAAGAGGUUCAGGCACAAAAUAAGCCUCACGUCUCAUCAGGCAACCCACACAGGAGAGAGACCAUUUAACUGCUUAGAGUGUGGAAAGGGCUUCAUUUGGAAGCAAAGCUUCACUCGUCACCUGGAAGCACAUAAAGGAGAGAAACCAUUUCAGUGUUUGGAGUGUGGAAAAAGUUUCAAUGAGAAGACAUACUUCACUCGUCAUCUGACAACUCACAUAGGAAAGAAAUCAGUAAAAUGAUUGUCGAUGGCUUUCAUGGCCAGAAUCACUGGGUUGUUGUAGGUUUUUCGGGCUGUAUGGCCAUGUUCCAGAAGCAUUCCCUCCUGAUGUUUCG